AUGCUCCGGCGGCUGUUUGUGGCCCUAGGGAUCCUGGCGACGGCGGUGGCGCUGUUUCCCGGAGCGCAGCCGGAGGAAGGAGACGUCCGACACCUAUAUCCGACGACGCUUCUCGCCCUUGGACUCGACACCGAUGCUCACACUUUGCCCUAUCUUCUCGGUUUCUUAGAGAAUAUCGACUAUCCCAAGAAGCAGAUCAGCCUCGAGAUCUACGUCCACAGCAAAGAGGACACCACCCAGCAGCAAGUUGGCUGGUAUGCUUCUUUUUUUUUUGCAAAAAUAGUGGACUUUGACCUGGAUAUGACUUUCAGGUGGCUCGAUUCGGCGCGCGAAUAUUUCCGUCGCGUGAAGCUCGUCGCCGAUUCUACCAACUGGCUGGAGGACGCGCUCCGAAGUGCCAGAGUGCAGAAGAUUUCGCGCUGCUUCUUGCUUCCUGGCGACACAGUUCCCAAGGCUCCCAACAUUUUACAGGUGUCUUUCUUUUUUCAUAUAGCUAAAAAUAGUUUUGAAUUAAAUUGAAUGAGGAUCGAAGUUAUAAGGAGCAGCGGUUUCGAGUCUCAAAAGUUUACGGCUAGCGGGAGAUCCAUCAUCAGAAUUUUCCCUGUUGCAUAAAUUUAAAUUGUAAAAUUUAUUUGUAUUCAAUUCAUACUUACUAAAGCAAGUAUAAGUUCAGAGGAAUAUAAAAUAUAAUGAAAUUUUUUUUACAACUAUACAUGCGCGAUAAUUAUAUUAACAAAGUAAAAAAAAAAACAACAAAAACGGAGAUGGCAAAGAAAAUAAAGAGAAUAACGACCGGGGUAGGAGAUGUGACAUAGAGGAUAACGGCGAAUAAAGAUCUAUGCUCAGAAAUAGAUCAGAAAACAACCUUUUUGAAGUAAGUCCAACUUUAGUUAUAUAGGCUUGUGAAAAAGUUGCUUUGAAAUCGUUGAUUUUUUUCUUAUUGAAACUUUUCUUCGAGACGAUUCUUUCCAUGGUUGGUCCACCGAUCAAUUAUCUAUCGCCGAUUAUUUUUACGUCCAAACGGAACUUUUGCAGAUGUUGUUCAGAGAACCCUCUCAUCUGGUAGUAACUCCCUUGUUCCAAAGUGUCGACGGCAGUCUGAACGUGGAAGAGGCGAGCGAGCGUGUUCAGAAGCGCGAGAAUGUGCGGGAGCAGGUUGCCUUUGUUCUUCUCCUGGUCCAUAUGCCCAUUUGAGGUGUUGAAAAAAGUCUGGUUACCUUUGGCCAUCAACCUGACCGCCAUUGACUCGUCUUAUCUGACUUUUGACGCCCAGAAUCUCCCUCACUACGAAGCUGCAGACGAACCUCUAGAGGUUCCUUUUUGGAGAAAAUUUGGACUAAGUGUGAAAAUAAGCUCUCAGGAAAGUCUUUUUUAUCGACCUUUUAAAGUUUUUCUUUACAUAAUAUUUACUUUGAUCGGGGACAGGAUUCUUGAGGCUUCUUUAAAAAAUUUAUCGAAAAAAACUGGUUUUUUUUUGUAGGAGUGGUAACUUAGAACUUUACGGAGCAUUUGGAAAUAAAAGUUUUUGCUGUAAAAGGUAACUUUUUUCUGAGUUUUCAGGUUUUUGCGAACUCCGCAGAGCGAAUGGACAUACCGAUUUAUGUGGACAAUCAAGACGAUUAUGGCUUUUUCGUGAACCCAGAGCUUGAUUUGGAAGAUCGUCGAACUAUGGUAUGAGAAUUAAGUAAAGGAAAUCAGUCAGUUUUUAGUUCCGAUACCAAUUGGCUGACGUCAUCGCCGAUGGAAAUCCGCUUCCAAUCGUUUCGAGAUCCGUUCGACCGUGGCUACCAGAGCCUUCCUUAUGGGAUACGCAGAAGUUUUUUUUCCUUAUUUUUUCUUUUGUCGAUAAUAAUUUUCUAAAAAUGUUUUCCAGAAUUUACGUGAUCAACCUGAAGCGACGACCCGAACGUCUGCAAAAAAUGGAGAAGAUUUUUGAGCUUUUAGGUGCAAUAGAAAAGUGACUUUCCCUAAUACUUAAAUAAGUUAUAGGAGUGGAAGCGACCGUUUGGGAGGCGACAGAUGGAAAUUACCUCGAUUCUUUGCCGUCCCCCCACAAGUCUCAUGCAACGCUACCGUCCUACAGAGAUCCCAUAAUGAACAGGCCAAUCAAAGCCGGCGAAAUCGGCUGUUUUCUCAGCCAUUACAGGUUUGAACUUUCCGGAUGGCCUCAUGAAACCGGUUGGUUCGCAGAAUUUGGGAAGAUGUGGUCAAAGAGGGACUCGAUCGAGUCAUUGUCUUUGAGGACGACCUGAGAUUUGCUCCCAACGGACUCCAAAGAGUCCGCGAAGUUCUCGCUGAUCUCGACGCCACCGGAAAACCUUGGGACCUCAUUUACUUGGGACGAAAAAAGCAGGCUGAUCAGGUCCGAACUCAGAAAGACAUUCAGCCUCUUAACUGUAAAUUAAAAAAAUAGAUUUUAUCCAAUGGAACACAAAAAGCAAGACGCUUAUUUUUAUUUGGUCAGACUAAUAUUUAUAGGCUGAACGUUUCAAGCUGUUUUUAUAAACUCUGUUUUCUCAUUAACUCUUUGAAAUGUUGGAGCUUCUACCUGUGUCUCCCGACCUGAAGUGAUAAUAAUUCUGUUCGCCUCGCAGGAAGAACUGUGGGUGAGCGGCCAUCGGCACCUGAGUACCGUGGGCUAUUCCUACUGGACUCUCGGCUACCUGCUUUCCAAGUCCGGAGCUGAAAAGCUGCUGGCUGCGAAGCCGCUCCAAAAAAUCGUUCCAGUCGACGAGUUUCUUCCUAUCAUGUUUGAUCGACACCCUAAUCAGGUCAUUUUUCACAAACUUCUUUUAUGUUUUUCAAUAAAGGAAAAGUCAGCAUAUUAACUUUGUGGAAUGUAAACAACAAUCAAGAAAUAAACUAAUCAGAAGGCCUUCAAUGAAAAAAACUUUUGUCGGUGGACUAAUCUCUAAAUUCUUAAAAAUUGAUACGUUGAAUUAGCGAAAAAUUUUAUACAUUGGAAGUUCUGUAUUCUAGUUCAAUGUGCUAGAAUGUUUUGAUGCAUAGUUAAUGGGUAAGGUAGCCCAUUCCGCACCGGCUUGUCAUUUUUUUGCCAAAAAAAACGUAUACAGAACUUGACCCGCUUCGCUACAAGACGUUUUUGUCUUUUUUGCAGUUUGCAAAGCAAAAUUGAAAAAAAAAAAUCGAAAGUCGAGUUUUUUUCAGGAUUGGAAAGAGCAGUUUCAAAAGCGCGAUCUUGACGCCUUCACACUCUAUCCGUUGUCCGUGUCUCCGCAACGUUACACUCACGAGAAUGGUUAUGUCUCGGACACCGAAAAUUCCUCAAUCUUGCAGCCUUUAGUUCCUUCGAAGGGAAAGACAGAACUUUAG